AGGUUCAACCGGCACCAAAGGCGCAGCUGGUUCUUUCCUGGUCGAGACACGCCAUGAUGACGGCGGUAGACUUCCAGAGCGUUGCGCCUGCAAAAUCGGAAGGCAGCACCCACAUUGAGUCCAGCGAACCCACCGAGUCCAUCAGGUCCGACAACAAGUCCCCAAAGCCCAAGCAAGGCCAGGUGUUGGGCAAGGGCUGGACGUACCUGGAGUUCUCCAAGGCCUUCUUGAAGCUGACAUGGCCGCUCUUGCUGGGAAACACUUUGGAGUGGUACGAGUUUGGGAUCUACAGCUACGUGGAGAAGGAGAUCGCCGCAAACUUUUUCGGGGGCUCUUCGAUGGGCGCCUGGUUGGGCUAUGCUGUCACUUUUGUCGCCCGUCCCUUGGGAGGCAUCGUCCUGGGCUUUAUCGCUGAUCACUGCGGGCGGAAGCUUGCCGUGAACCUCUCGCUUGCGGGCAUGAUCCUGGCAACGGUGGGGCAAGGUCUGCUGCCGGGGGCCCACUUGGGGAAAGACUGCCAGGUCCUGGGUCUGGUGCUGCUGAUCUGCCUGCGCGCGGUGCAGGGCAUCUCUGCCGGGGGAGAGAUCGCAGCCAUCGCGGCCUUUAUGAUGGAGGUGUCCCCAGUGCAGACGCUGGGCAUGGCGGUGUGCAUGAUCUCCGUCGGGAGCCAAGUCGCCUGGGCCUUUGCUAGCGCUUUGAUGGCCCUGCUGAACUCGUGGCUGGGCCCGGAGCUGAUGCUGACCUGGGGCUGGCGUGUGCCCUUUAUUCUCUCUGCCGUGCCAGGCGUGAUUGCCCUGAUGGGCCGGAAUCAGAUGCAGGAGAGCGAGAUCUUCCUCGCCGAGGCGGAAUCCGACACCAGCGGUCUUUGCAGCGUGGGGGAGUUGCUGCGCCAUUACCCGGGGAAUCUGCUGGUCGGCUUCGGGGCAGUGGCUGUAGCCGCCACAAUGUGGUUUGCGCCGCCCUUCUGGACUCUGGGCGCUUUGAUGUCGGACCUGGGCGCAGCUGACGCUCUGUGGGUGGGCAACUGUUGCCAGUUGGUGGGCCUGGCAGUAACGCCCCUGGCAGGGUUCCUGGCGGACUACUUCGGGGUGGCCUGGGUGCAGCUGGUGGGGGCGCUUUAUUGCGCGCUGGUGUCCUUCCCCGCGUACAUCUGGCUCAGCUUUGACAACUCCCGCCUGGCCGCCUACCUGGGGCUGGGUGUCAUCUUCGGUGUGGCGCAGGGCUUCAACGGGGCAUCGGUGUACCUCUUCUGCGCCGAGCUGUUCCCGCCGAAGCUGCGCUGCCAGGGCAUGGCGCUGAGCUACAACCUGGGCGUCUCCUUCCUGGGGGGCUUCAGCGCGAGCAUCUCCCAGGCCCUGCUGGAGGUCUCCUACCACUUUGGGCCGGGGAUCUACUGGUCGGCCACGGGAGUGGCGACGUCGUGCACCAUCCUCGUGGCGCUGCUGCUGCAGCGCAAGGGCUGGAUGACGCUCACCCACCGCCGCAGCGCGCCUUACUUCGGCCGCCUGAAGGGUGUGAGGCCGUCGGCCUAAGGGGAAGGCACGAGACUUUCCCUUUUUCACUCUCCCCCUGUGUUGAGACGAUGACCAAGAACCCAAAGCCAAGAGGCAAACUGAGGAGAGGUUUGCUCGCUCGGUUUCUCCAAGCUGGGGACCAAGCGCACUAGUCUUUUGGCUGCCACGAGCAAUCCGUGCCUUCCUCGCGCCUCGUGUGUCUCCAGCCUUGGGCCCGAAGGGAAACCUCGUUUGGGGGGAUCCAAGGGCUGGCAUUCGCUGGAAUCGCGAUGCCUAGCACACACAGAAGUUGUGAACUUAAGGAUCGACGGUGCGCAAUACCUUUGUACAGAUUCGUGAUGCACGUCGAUCUGACGCGCACUAUAUGCAUUACAGAGAAUGCAUACACUGACGCUUGUGAAUGACGGCAAGAGCUGCUUGUUGAGAUUUUGUGGCCUUGCACAAUUAGUGGCGUCUAGGCGCAGUGCCUGUGGGUAUCGCGCGAUGC